AUGGCUACUAUUUUAGUAACUGGUGCGAAUCGCGGUAUUGGCUAUGCCAUCGUGCAAGCCAUCGGUACUCGAUUCCCAUCCUCAACUAUCAUACUCGGAUGUCGUAGCACGGAUGCAGCAAAGGACGCAAUUGGAUCUCUACCCGCGGAUGGCGUUAAGGCUCAACUAUUCUAUGUCGAGCUGGAUAUUGAGAAUGAUGCUUCAGUCGAGGCAGCCGUGGCACUAAUUGACCGAGACUACGGGAAAUUGGAUGUUCUCAUCAACAACGCUGGCAGGGUUGAGAAAAGAGUCUCAGUCAGUCUGCCACAUAUCCGGGCGGCCUCCAAUUCGUGUUUCAACAAUCUCAUUACCUCAAACGCCGUCAUCACUCACGCUUUCGACUUACUACUUCGAAACAGCUCAUGGCCAAGGGUCAUCAUGAUAUCAAGUGCACGUGGCAGCGCAGGUAGAACAACAAGCAAUCAGCUUCCACCCGUUGCAAAUAUCGACUAUUGUGUGUCCAAAGCGGGUCUAAACAUGCUGAUGAUACACUUGCAGACGGUGGAGAACCAUAGACAAGACGCAAAUCGGAUCACCUUCUGGGCUGUCAGUCCCGGAUAUUGCAGUACGGCUUUCAAUGGCUACAAAGGAAAGAAGGCUCCUCUCGAGGGAGCGGAGGCGGUGGUCAGGUUAGUCGAAGCGCGCAGGGACGAAAUCGAGCCGGGGACGUUUUGGGAAUAUGAGGAUGAUAGAUUCCAGCAGGUUCCCUGGUAG